AUGGGUGAUCAGAAUAAAGAACCCAUUGAUGCGCAAAACCCGUGGAAGUUACAAAAAGCAUGGAUCGAAGAAUAUAGUUCAUUUGCUUUUUGUAAUAAAUUGUGCCUAAAUUUCGCCAGCCUAAAGAGGCUGUGCCGAGCUGUGCACUUUCAGCCCAUCACAUCAAGGGUCAGUGUUUGCAAAAAUGUCGAGCCGACGGGGUCAGGUACCAGUAGUGACAAUGGCAAAGGGGGGGAGCUGGACACUGCUGAACCGGAAGAGAUUUCUCAGGAUGAGUGUCUGGGUAACAAAGCCGAGAAGGGUGUAGUCAAGAUUAACUCCCAAGGGUCAAUCAAGCCUUUGAAACUAGUUCAAAUAGUCGUCACAGUCUUCGUUCCUGCUUUCAACGAUACUUUCUUAGCUGCAUCAGCUUGUAAAACUCUCUCUCCUUCACCAGGAAAGGGAGAGCGGACAAAGUACCAGACGAUUUUGGUUGGGUAA